AUGAGCAGUCAAGAAGGAAGUUCCGGCGAGAGGUCACACAUCUUUCAGAUCCGCAUCGACAGCGUCGAGGAUGAGAGCACCGCCCCCAUAACGGAGGCCAACUCACGGGAGGAUCUCAUUGGUAGUGCAGCCCGGGAGGGCGACAGGUUCAGCGAGCAGUCCGUCUUUCAGUUUCCCAGAUUUCUUUCGGUGCCAACGUUGCGAAGCCCACGACAAUCCCCAAAUCCCUCCACCACCAGGCAGGUGAUGUCCAGUCCCGCCAAGAGCGAGCGCAUGAGCCGCCGAAGUCAGACGAAGCCGCGACCACGAAGACUUAGCCAAGAUAGUGGAAUUGUGGCAGGAAGAUUGAUGGGAUACGGGGAGGGGGCCCUAAUUGACUCCGAUCUGCAGCCAAGGCAAGUCGAAUCGGAUCCGAUAGAUAACGUUUAUAGCUGCCAAGGGAGCCAUAAUGUUCCGGUGGAAGACCCCAACAAACCCGCCACUCCGAUUCCGCCCAAAUCCAAGCUAAGUGCCAGUCGGGCACGGGCCGGAUCGGCUGUCUAUACGGAAAAGUGGCUGAACUCCUCGGUGAUGCGGACCAGCAAUGGCAAUCCCCUGUUCCCCAAAUCCAACUCGAUAGCCAUGCCACUGCCCACGCAUCUGGAAGCGGAGUCCGCGGAACCGAGUCCCACGCAGGCCUUUGGGCCCAAGAUAGUUGGCAAUAAUGAGGAGGAUAUACCUGGCACCGCCAUGCGCAGGAACUUGGGUCUCAACUUGAGUCCCACGCUGGGUUCCGCCGACCGAGUGAAUCAGUCCUACGAGGUAAUGGAGUCCUCGCACUCCAACGUUUUACCCGACCAGUUUGGCUAUCGACAACUUAUACCCACGGAAAGAAAGGCCUCGGACACUGCGAGUUCCGUAAGUGGAAGCUACUACGGCAGUCGAAAGGCCAGCAAAAGCAACAGUCUGGGCGGCGAGUCCGGAGACGAGAGAAGGGUCAGCAAACAGGACAGGGAGGGACUGGAUCCGGAGUCACUGAUGUUCCGAGAUGGCAGGCGGAAAGUGGACAUGGUGCUGGCCUGGGAGGAGGAGGACCUGGGCGUCAUGACUGAGGCGGAGGCCAAGCGCCGCGAUAACCGCCGCUCCUUCAUGGACAACCUCAUGAAGGAGGGACUCGAGGUCGAGCUGGAGGACAAGUCGCAGUCCUUCAACGAGAAGACCUUCUUUUUGAAGAUCCAUCUACCCUGGCGACUGGAAACACGACUGGCUGAAGUCAUGAAUCUGAAGCUGCCCGUGAAAAGAUUCAUCACCAUAUCCGUAAAGCCAUCUUGGGAUGAGGAGAAUGUUGUACUUAGGAAUGUGCAAUAUUGGAAGAAUGUGUGGCAGCGCCUGACCAAGAAGAUUCAGCUGGACCAAACCCUUCUGGAGGGAGAGACCACAUUUAAGGCGGCAACAGCUAAUGGCAAUCCGGAGGAGCAGUUCAUUGUCAAGGACCGCGCCACUGCCUUCACCAGUGCCCAACGAUCGCUGAUGGUGAUGCAGGUGCUCAUCCGGACACCCUUCGACGAGAGCGACCGCAGCGGCAUCCGGCGGCUGAUGAACGAUGGCACCUACCUGGGCUGCUUCCCGCUGCACGAGGGGCGGUACGAUCGACCCCACUCCAGCGGGAUCUCGCUGGACCGCCGGGUUCUCUACCAGACGUGGGCCCAUCCCUCCCAGUGGUACAAGAAGCAGCCGCUGUGCCUGGUGCGCAAGUAUUUCGGCGACAAGAUCGCCCUGUACUUCUGCUGGCUGGGAUUCUACACGGAGAUGCUUGUAUAUCCGUCCGUGGUGGGCACCCUCUGCUUCAUCUACGGACUGGCCACUCUGGAGUCGGAGGACAACACGCCCAGCAAGGAGAUUUGCAAUGAGUAUGGCACGGGAAACAUUACCCUGUGUCCACUUUGCGACAAGGCAUGCAGCUACCAACGACUCUCGGAGUCGUGCCUCUUUUCCCGGCUCACCUAUCUUUUUGACAAUCCCUCGACGGUAUUCUUCGCCAUCUUCAUGUCCUUCUGGGCGACCACAUUCCUGGAGCUUUGGAAACGCAAACAAUCGGUUCUAGUCUGGGAGUGGGACUUGCACAACGUCGACAUGGACGAGGAGAACCGACCAGAAUUCGAAACGAAUGCCACCACAUUUCGCAUGAAUCCUGUCACGCGGGAAAAGGAACCCUACAUGUCCACCUGGAACAGGUCCAUACGAUUUGUAAUUACCGGUAGUGCAGUACUUUUCAUGAUAUCUGUGGUCCUCUCUGCCGUGCUGGGCACCAUUCUUUAUCGCAUAACCCUGGUGUCUGUUAUUUAUGGAGGAGGCGGAUUCUUUGUCAAGGAGCACGCCAAACUCUUUACCAGUGUCACGGCUGCCCUAAUCAAUUUGGUGGUCAUAAUGAUACUAACACGAAUCUACCACCGCAUGGCCAUCAAGCUGACCAAUCUGGAGAAUCCGCGCACGCACACGGAAUACGAGGACUCCUAUACGUUCAAGAUUUUCUUCUUCGAGUUUAUGAACUUUUACUCUUCGCUCAUCUACAUUGCAUUCUUCAAGGGACGGUUCUUUGAUUAUCCCGGAGAUGAUCAAGCCCGCAAAAGUGAGUUCUUCCGGCUGAAGAAUGAUAUCUGCGAUCCGGCGGGCUGCUUAUCCGAGCUGUGCAUCCAGUUGGCCAUCAUUAUGGUGGGCAAACAGUGCUGGAACAACUUCAUGGAGUAUCUCUUUCCCAAGUUUUGGAACUGGUGGCGUCAGCGGAAGCAUAAACAGGCCACCAAGGAUGAAUCCCAUUUGCAUAUGGCCUGGGAGCAGGACUAUCACAUGCAGGACCCAGGACGCCUGGCCCUGUUCGAUGAGUACCUGGAAAUGAUUCUGCAAUACGGCUUUGUUACUCUGUUUGUGGCUGCUUUUCCACUGGCACCGCUUUUCGCCCUACUGAACAACGUGGCCGAGAUCCGUUUGGAUGCCUACAAGAUGGUCACCCAGGCCAGACGUCCCUUGGCGGAGCGGGUUGAGGACAUUGGAGCUUGGUACGGUAUUCUCCGAAUCAUCACCUACACGGCCGUCGUUUCAAACGCCUUUGUGAUUGCCUACACGAGUGACUUUAUACCCCGCAUGGUGUACAAGUUUGUUUAUUCCGAAACCCACACUUUGGCUGGCUACAUCGAGCACUCGCUGUCCAUCUUCAAUACCUCGGACUACAAGGAGGAGUGGGGCGCCUCGGUCAGCGAAAAAGAUCCCGACACCUGCCAAUAUCGGGGCUAUAGGAAUGGCCCGAAGGAUUACGAGCCUUAUGGACUGAGUCCGCAUUACUGGCAUGUCUUUGCUGCCCGCUUGGCAUUUGUGGUGGUUUUUGAGCAUGUGGUAUUUGUGAUAACUGGCAUCAUGCAGUUCAUCAUUCCGGAUGUUCCAUCCGAGGUGAAGACCCAAAUGCAGCGGGAGCAGCUGCUGGCCAAGGAGGCCAAGUACCAGCACGGCAUCAAGCGGGCUCAGGGCGACAGCCAGGACAUUAUGAGCCUGUUCCGGGACACCAGCAACCGGGCGUCGAUUGCCGGCAGCACGGUGACUGCCCGAGGCAGCUGGGCACGCCGUUUCAGCCGGCUAAGCGAUGGACUGGACGCCCACGUGGAGGUGGCCGCUCGUCCACGAAGGUCUGUGGAAUCCACGGUCUGGGAGGUUUCCUGACACGAGGAGGAGGCCGAGAGUGAGGCCCAGGAUCAGAACAAGAGAUGAGGCAGCAGCAGCAGCAGCAGCAGCAGAAUUCCCUCAUUCAAAUACCAAUACUCGUCUCCUUUUCAAAUUCAUUUAAUCAUGGUAUUUUAUGUGUAAU